UGCUGUAAAAAACAAAAUGAGAUUUCAUACUCACUUAACCAGGUCAUCCAUGACUGUUCCGAAGACAUCUUGCUGAUCAAGCGGAAACGUAAAAAUUCAGUGUGGAGGCCUGUUGCCCACCGGCCAGGCCGUCCCAGACCUGGCAAGUAUGUUGUUUGUCAGUACUACACUAAAGAAACUGGAUGCAAGCAGCAUGGAAGUAGAUGUACCUUUGCUAGGAGCUCAGAGGAAGCAGCGCUGUGGAACGUCAUGAAGCGUGAAAAACUGACAAUUCCUAAGAUUGUGAAUAUGACAAAACAAAAUCAAAGGACACCACAGUCAAAGUCUCGAAGGAAAGGAGGGCAGUUUGCCUGCACAUUAUGUCAAGUCCACUUCCCGAAAGCUGAGAAACUGAUGAACCACUGUUUCACGGUGAAGCACAGGAGACGGAUCUUUGAUGAGACCUCUCAGACUUGGAAGUACAGAGAUCCGCCACCAACAUACAAGGACCUGAAAUUGUGUGGAAGAUCCCUAGUAUGCGAGUAUGGUGAUAACUGCACAAAGGCGCACAGUCAAGAGGAACUUCGUGAAUGGCAAAAAAGAAUCAAGGCUUCACGAAAAAGAGCCAGAGAUGCAGCCGAGAUGGGUCUACUGUCCUAUCAGGACAAGCUUUUGGAGGAAUACAGACACAGCAACGACAAGAAGAUGAUUGUCAGCGACACCCUUCCUGAUGUUUCUAUCAGCUGUGACACAGAUAUAGACAGUGUGUAUGUACGGAAAAAGGGAAUUCAAUGUACAUGGAAUUUUACCAUUAUUUCUAAGGUUUGUUUUUAA